AGUCGGUAGUGCGAGUCAGUUGCAGCAGGAGAACUCAGCACAGAAGCAAAGACAGCUAUACACAGUGCUGCAUACCCAUCACUGGUGCUGCUGCAGCUUGAACCUUUAUGUUGGGAGUCUUGUAGUCUAAACAGCCUGGAUUUGGAGGUUUUCAGCAAGUCAGCCUGAUCUCUGAAAGCGGUACAGAUAGAAAACCUUUGCUGUUUUGUUCCUGUUUACCUAAACUGUCCAAACAAUGAACUGCUUUUCCCCUUUGCACUUCUGGAGGCUGAUUCCCCUGGCCUUGACCGUGGCGUUGGUUCCCGCGAGCCAGGCUUCAGAAUACGAGUACCUGAGCUGGAAGUCGGACCUUUACAAUGGUGGACGCAUCUACGGCAAACCCCCGCAGUGUGUGGACAUCCCAAAUGACCUGAAGCUCUGCCAUAAUGUGGGCUACAACCAGAUGCUGUUGCCCAACCUGCUGGAGCACGAGACCAUGGCUGAGGUCAAGCAGCAGGCGGGCAGCUGGGUGCCCCUCGUGCACAAAAACUGCCACCCUGGCACGCAGGUCUUUUUGUGCUCCCUCUUUGCCCCCGUCUGCCUGGAGCGCCCCAUCUACCCGUGCCGCUGGCUGUGCGAGGCGGUCCGCGACGGCUGCACCCCCAUCAUGGAGGCGUUUGGGUUCCCCUGGCCAGAGAUGCUCACCUGUCACAAGUUCCCCCAGGACGAUGUGUGCAUCGCCAUGAGUCACGCCAAUGCCACUGAAGCCACCAAACCCACAGGCUACUCCCCCAUCUGUCCACCAUGUGACAACGAAAUGAAAACAGACGCCAUCCUGGAGCACAUGUGUGCCAGCGAGUUUGCUUUCAAGGCCAAGAUCAAGGAGGUGAAGAGGGAGAACUCGGACCGCAAGGUGAUUCUGCAGAAGAAGAAGAAGGCUCUGAAGUUGGGCACCCUCAGGAAGAAGGACCUGAAGAAGCUGGUGCUUUACCUCAAGAAUGGAGCCGAUUGCCCAUGCCAGCAGCUGGAUAACCUGGGAAAUGCCUACCUGAUCAUGGGCCGCAAGGUGGACAAGCAGUAUCUCCUGACUGGCAUCCACAAGUGGGACAAGUCCAGCAAGGAGUUCAAAAAGGCCAUGAAGAAACUGAAAAUCCACAAGUGCCCAGCUUUUGAGACUGUCUUUAAAUAAUCAGCUCUUUUUGCAUCUCAAGAUACAUAAGAACUUGCACAACCAAACAACCCAAAACUGUCCUUAUUGUCAUUUUUAUAUAUAAAUAUAUAUAUACAGAUUUACCCUUGUAGUGAA